GGCCAUCUAUUUGGGUCCUGAAGAAGGAGGGGUAUUUCACGUCGGACUACCGUAGGUGUGAUUGAGUUUUCUUCAUGUUAGUGCGUACGUUUAUCCGUCAGUGAAAUACAGUUUUCGUCUCAACCAUUUUGUCGUUGGAUGUUGGUUCGCCGCGGUCGCAGCGCGGGUACUGAGCUGGCUGAACUUGGUGCCGCGUUUUAGGGUUAAAGCAGCCAGCUAGCCACGCUAACGUUAGCUACUACCAGCGCUGCUGCUGCUGCUGCUGCUGCUGUGUGAGCCAACGUCUGGAAGGGCGUACGAGUUUGACGUUUUCUCCCCCAAGUCUCCUCACAUUUUUCGAGUUUAGUUCGUAGUACAACGCGAUCCUCCCUCCUCAGAAGCGAAAGCCCACCCAGUCAACAUGGAGGGGAUACACUUUGCGAGAGCAUGAACACGACGACAAAAGACUGAAGACACGGCUAAAGAGGAUUAAAAGCAACUCGGUCUUGAUGGGGAAAAGUUGAGCUGAGGAUUAACAACUUGGGAUAAACUGACGAAAGGUUUCAAGUCUUACCUAUUGUACAAGGGCAUGCUAAAACCUCAGUGAUGGAGUCCACAGUUGUGAGUACGUCCACCCUGGCCCCUGAUGAGUUUGAUAGGAACGUGCCGCGGAUCUGCGGCGUGUGUGGUGACAAAGCCACAGGCUUCCACUUCAACGCCAUGACCUGUGAGGGCUGCAAGGGUUUUUUCAGGCGCAGUAUGAAGCGCAAGGCCGCCUUCACAUGUCCCUUUAACGGCAGUUGCACCAUCACCAAGGACAACAGGCGCCACUGCCAGGCAUGCAGGCUGAAACGCUGUGUGGACAUUGGCAUGAUGAAAGAGUUCAUCCUGACGGAUGAGGAAGUGCAGAGGAAGAAGGACUUGAUUCAACGGAGGAAGGACGAGGAAGCCCAGCGUGAAGCGGAGAAGGAGGCGCGGCGACCCCGGCUGACUGAAGAACAGAGUCAAGUCAUCGCCACGCUGGUGGAGGCGCAUCACAAAACAUAUGAUGAUUCCUACUCUGACUUCUGCCGCUUCAGGCCUCCUGUGCGUGAGGGCCCAGUGACUCGUAGCGCCAGUAGAGCUGCCUCUCUCCACUCUCUGUCUGAUGCCUCCUCUGACUCCUUCAGCCACUCUCCGGAGUCUGUAGACACCAAAAUGAACUUCAACAACCUGCUGAUGAUGUACCACGAGCAGGGCAGCAGCCCUGACUCCAGCGAGGAGGAGGGAUCCAGCUUCUCCAUGCUGCCCCACCUGGCUGACCUGGUCUCCUAUAGCAUCCAGAAGGUCAUUGGCUUUGCCAAGAUGAUCCCAGGGUUCAGGGAGCUGACGGCCGAGGACCAGAUUGCGCUGCUCAAGUCCAGCGCCAUUGAGGUGAUCAUGCUGCGUUCAAAUCAGAGCUUCAACCUGGAAGACAUGUCCUGGAGCUGCGGUGGGCCUGACUUUAAAUACCAGAUCAGCGAUGUCACCAAAGCGGGCCACACUCUGGAGCUGCUCGAGCCGCUGGUGAAGUUCCAGGUGGGCUUGAAGAAGCUCAACCUGCAGGAGGAGGAACAUGUGCUGCUGAUGGCCAUCUGCUUGCUUUCCCCAGACCGCCCAGGUGUGCAGGAUCAUGCACGGAUCGAAGCCCUCCAAGACCGACUGUCUGAGACCUUGCAGGCCUACAUCCAGCUGCAGCACCCAGGCGGGCAGCUGCUUUAUGCCAAGAUGAUCCAGAAGCUGGCCGACCUGCGCAGCCUCAACGAGGAGCACUCCAAACAGUACCGCUCGCUCUCCUUCCAGCCGGAGCACAGCAUGCAGCUCACCCCGCUGGUGUUGGAGGUGUUUGGCAGCGAAGUUUCCUAAAACAUCUGAACCUCACCAGUGGAGAGGAAGCUGGAGACGAG